CAGUGUGAGGUGGGGCGUGGUCCUGGGAUGCAGCGCCAUGGAGCUGCUUCGGGCGAGCUGGGCUCCGCGUGUCUCGGCGCUGCUGGUGCUCGCGCUGCUUCCCCGGGGAGCGCUGGGUAAUUGUGGUGCCCCACCAAGGCUAACCUCUGCUGAGCUGCAGGACGAGUUUAAGACCCAGACAGACUUUGCAGUUGGGACCACAGUGAGAUACAGCUGCCGCUCAGGAUACCAAAGAGUCCCUGGAGUGCCGCCCACUCUUACUUGUGAAAGAGACUCUGUGUGGUCAGAACCCAAAGAGUUUUGUCAAAGGAAAUCAUGUGGACAUCCAGGAGACCUAGUUAAUGGCAAGGUUCAUAUCACAGAUCUCCUCUUUGGUUCAAGCAUUACAUUUUCUUGUGACGAAGGGUUCAGAUUAAUUGGAUCGAAGACUAGUCAGUGUGUGAUUGAUGGAACAAAGGUUCUAUGGAAUCAUGAAAUUCCAUUUUGUGAAGAAAUUCCAUGUCGUCCACCUCCAGAAAUCGAGAAUGGGAGGUACAACGGUGACCCUAAUAAUCACUACACCUAUGGAUCAACAGUAACUUACAGCUGCAAUACAGGAGGCACAGAGAGAUUCUCACUUAUUGGAGCAACAUCUAUUUAUUGUACAGCUGACGAAGACCAAAAUGGAAUUUGGAGUGGAGAGCCCCCUGAGUGUAAAGUGGUCAAGUGCAGUAAUGUAGAAGUUGAAAAUGGGAGAAAACAAAGUGGAUUUGGUCCUUCCUAUACAUAUGAAGACGCCAUUACAUUUGGAUGUGAUGCUGGCUACUUCUUGGUUGGCAGUAAAAUGAUUAUAUGCCAAGCGAAUAAUUCAUGGUCUCCUGCAAUACCAAUUUGUGAAAAAAGAAUUUGCAGUGCCCUAGAGUUCCCACAUGGAACAGUGCUUCCAUCAAAAUCUCAAUAUUUCCAUGGAGAAUCUGUUACCUUGACCUGCGAUGCAAAUUAUUUCUUGCUGAAUGGUGCAAAAUCGAUGACUCUUCGCUGCGAAAAGAAUACAUGGGAUCUUCCUAUACAAACUUGUCAAAUGGUCAAGUGCAGUAAUGUAGAAGUUGAAAAUGGGAGAAAACUAAGCGGACUUGGUCCUUCCUAUACAUAUCAAGACGCCAUUACGUUUGGAUGUAAUGCUGGCUACUUCUUGGUUGGCAGGAAUGAGAUUAAAUGCCAAGCGAAUAAUUCAUGGUCUCCUGCAAUACCAACUUGUGAAAAAAUAACUCCAACUGUAUGCGGCACCCCACAGUUCUCAAAUGGACAAAUACUUCCAUCAAAACCUCGAUAUGACACUGGAGAUGGUAUUACCUUGACCUGUGAGGCAAAUUACGUCUUGUUCGAUGGUGCAAAAUCAAUGACUGUUCACUGCAAAGGAAACAAUGUGUGGGAUCCUCCUGUACCAACUUGUCAAAUUUCAGGUGUUUGUCCAGAGCUAGUCAUCCAUCAUGGAACAGUAAAGUCUGGAGCAAAACCUCCCUACUCUGUUGGAGAUCAUGUUACAAUUGAAUGUUCUACAUCAUACACUUUGCAUGGUGAACCUAAUAUUCAGUGCACUGGUGAAUUUCAGUGGAAGCCUGCAAUUCCAGAAUGUAGUCUAAGUGUGAUCACCAUUGUCAUCAUUAUUGUUGUAAUUGUUGUAAUCGCUGCAGUGAUACUGGCGGUGUUUACUUGGAUCUAUAAGAAAUAUUUUUCACAAAAAGGCUCAUACCAAACCGAUGAAAACUGCAAAGAAGCAUGCAUUUUAAAUACUAAAGUACCAGAUGAAAGUGAAGCAUCUGCAUUAAAGAAUUAAUUGAAACAUUAAAAGGAAAGAUGUCUCCACUUCACUUACUGCUCAGUACACCUCAUGUAAAACCUGAUUGGUGGGGAAGGGGCAGUGGUGAAAGAAUUAAGCGAAAGGACUGCAUUUGCACUAUAUUUCUGUAGUGGAAUAUUUAGCCCCUACUUUCACCGGAAUUGAAGAUGCUUUCAUCUUAGAUUUUCUUCUCCUUUUGUGAUUGACUGCUAUAGGCAUCUUUACCAAGGCAGAAAGCCAGAACAUAUACCAAUGCCAUCCCUUUUAGCUCACUUGUCUGUGUGUGAAAUUAACUUAUAAAAAGCUUUGUGUGUCUCACAGCAGCCUUGCAGCAUCCUCCUGCGUCCAGAAGAGACUAUGCAAUGAGAGUGCUUGGUAGGUUCUUCGUACGAUUUAUAUCGCAUGAGUGAUCAUAUUGUUUAAAUUAUCUAAGUCCCUCUAUUUUAGGAAGGUGACUGUGCCUAUUGAGAGAGAUGGUGCUUAAGUUAUGAAAAUUAACUUAAGUUUUUUGCACAUUAGUUUUCAUAUAGGGAAUAAACUUCUCUUGCUGUCCACUGCUUUUGGAUAUACUGUGCAUCUAAAUCAGGUUUUUGUAACCUUCCUGUUAAGGCAAUUAAUUGGUCUUGGUGUGCAACAUGGGGGAGCCUGGGUAGUAAUUCUGUCCCAGUUAAGACUGCAAAGGACCUCCUUGAAUGGGGAAUCAAGAGCAUGACCACAACAGAAACAUCCUGUUGCCACUCAGAUUUGCUAGCUAAUGAAGGUUUCCCACUGGAAGUGAUGGAAGAUACUUAAUUGGACAAAGUGCUGGCAAAUACACUCUUUUUAAUUGCAAUAUAAAUACAAUCUUGAGGUGGAAGUUGGAUGAGGAAACACUUUUUUUUUCCUUGGUGAAGGACCAGCCAACACUUGUAAAUUUUUUUUUUUUUUUUUGAGUUGUUUCAGCUGACAUUAGGGAUGUUGGAUGGGAGGUUUCCUACUGAAGUUGAGUUCUUGGUGCAUAUCUGAAAUCAGAUACUUAAAUCUGUUUUUCUUCCCAGAGAAUUGACUGCUGAGUUCAAUCCAAAUGUAUAAUAUGAAAAUUGUCUUGAUCUAUCUCAUAGCAACGUGUGCCUAAGCUAAUAAACCUUUUCUUUUACCACAGACCAUGUAGGCAGUUCUGUUAUAGGUUCACUUUCCCACAAUUUAAUUUUUUUAUUUCAGAUGUUCAUUGUUCUGUGUGAUAUGGAUGUAUAUAUUUGUAUUAGUGCUAUGAGAUCUUAUUUAUUCAAACACAGUAAUAAAGUACUAUCUAACAUUUAUGAUAAAAAUGUUAGAUAGACUGUGGGGCAUACUUAACAAGGAAGGGCUAGAUUCACAAACUUUUUGGGGCCAAAAAAAUCACACCGUCUAGGCAGGCUGUGCAGUGAGUCAGAAACGAGCAUGUUUAAGAUGCUCCUUGUAUAACGUAGCCAGUAGGUGGUACAAAGCCAAGAGGUAGGUGCUAAGCUCUACCCCUUUGAGAUUGGCACCUCCCUGCUGUGAGUCCUGUGGGGUGAAGUACCUAUCCUGUAUGCUGUUUUUGCGGGGGGUGGGGGGGGCAGGGUUGCUCAAGCUUGCAUGCACUCACUCAGCAUUUAUCCAUCAUGCAACAGCUUCUACGUUGAUCCAGCAAGAAGGAGCAAGUAUGAGUGACUCAGUAACCUAAUGAUUAGAGCAUGCACCUAGGAGCUGGACAUCUGCUCCAGUGACUUUUUAAAAAAUUAUUCACCGUGCCACAGUUUCAACUGGAUAUACUGAAAGAAUCCUACAUCAGACGAGGGCACUCACUGAGCAAUGGCAGAUCCCUGUUCAAAUCCCUUCUCUCCCUCAGGGGGAGAGGGGACUUGAACCAUUGGUCUCCCAGGUGAGUUUCCUUUUCACUUUUAGCCUAGUGAAUAGGGUAAUCUGUGCCCUCCGGUCAUUUUGUGUAAGCUCAUCUCUAGGGGCCUGAUCCAGCAGGCAAGGUUUGAGCAUGCUUACCAGCUAGGACCCCACAGAUGAGUGAGAGGACCAUCUACCUUUUCCUGGUUUAUACACUGUUCUGGGGCUUCAGCUUUAGUUGCCUACAUCCUUUUGUGAAUCUAACCCAAAAUGUCAACUACUAGUCUUUUUGCUUAUCAAAAUAGCUUUAACAGCUAGGACCCUGGUCCUGCAAAGACUUGCUGUAAAUAGUCCCACUAUGUAUGUACAAGAAAACAUUGUUACAGACUGGGGGGCUAGUGGGGUGGAAUUGCUUUCUAAGUACAGGGUAUAUUAGAAAUGCCUAUAUCAAUCAUGGGAUUGUCUUAUAGUGCCUUUCAGUGUUAAGGGGGCAGGGGAGAGCUAUUUAAAAUGCAAGGCAAUUGUAAAAAUGGUAGUGUGAUUUUAACCAUCUUCCUUAUUUAGUACUAUUCAGUUUAUGAACACAAGGAUUUGUCUUAAUGUAAAGUCUAGUAUCCAAUUGUAUUAUUACUAAUAAAGAAAAGUGAUUUUUUAA